AUGGAGAUUAUCCCUCUUCCUGAAAUACUAACAUCAAACGUUUCCCAAGCAGCAGGGCCAAGCUUUCCAGAGCCCGAUAUACUACGUCGCAGGCGUGUAAACUGUGCAAGAAUGGUAUCAAUAACCGGAAAUGGAUGUCAGCUGCGCAGUCGCGCCACGUCGAAAGAAAACAAGAGCUCGCUUCAACCUCGGAAAAGGGGGAUCGGUUUCGGAUUAACAGAUCCACCGAGGUCAGCUGCUCUCCGAGUCUCCAUAGGUACUUUCUGGAAGAUCAAUGCACAUCACGAUUCCCCUGUCCCUUCAUCGCAGCCUGCAGGGACUCGACGAUGGCAUUUCUCCACCCAACCAAGCAUUGGCGUGAGAGCCGAGGAUCUCGCUCUCGGAUUCAAGAAUGCGAUGGCUCUCAGACAGGCUGAAAAGAAGAAGUUUGAUUGCCCCGAGCGCUCUGGGCUUACAUGGCCAUCCCAGACGUCCAUGGCCCAUGGCAGAUGGCAGAUGGCAAAUGCGAGAGAACAGAAAAAUACUACUACUUCCUCCUGA